UCGGUAACUGAUUUGGUAUUUUACGAAUGUUAUAAAUUACAUUUUAUAAGGGUACUUGAACGUGUCACGUAUAAUAAUGUGAGGUUCUUGCCGAUUUUCCUAAAUAUUGAAUAGCAAUUACGAUCACACUACUGGAGUGUAGAAAAACAGCUAUAAAUGAUAAGAAACAACUUGAUUUAAAUCCGAUUUACUUCAAAGGUAUACUUUAUUAACACUAUGACGUGACAGCUGGUAAAUUAGCUGCCAAGAAGAUAUGUAAACAGUAUAGACUUAUCUCAUCGCUCUAUUGUUGCUUUUUAAUUCUGUUAGGACGCUAGGCUCUUCCUUGAUCGCUGUUCAGGGAUAGGACUUAUUGGUUGCCCCAGACCCAGUCCAGACGUCUGAGGUUGUGAUUGGCUGGUAACCCGUCGUAGGACGAUAGGUCGAUGAUAUCCUAUUGGCUGCAGAAGGGGAAUGACAGUAAAGUUCCUCCCCGAUUAAACCAAUAACCGUUUGUCAUAGGAGUGUAGCUUCGGCUGACACUGACACGAGGGCAAGCGCUGUCGAAAUCAACGGUCCUUCAACGGUGUUCUUUCGAGCGUACCUCUGUCGGACCUGGGUGCUGCUGUGAUCAGGGAGGUCCUGCAACGAGCCUCGGUGAAACCCGAUGACGUGUCCGAGGUCGUCAUGGGACACGUUCUGACUGCAGGCCUGGGCCAGAACCCAGCACGCCAGGCCAGCGUGGGGGCGGGCGUCCCAUAUGCCAUCCCUGCCUGGAGCUGCCAGAUGGUGUGUGGUUCGGGCCUCAAGGCCGUGUGGCUGGGAGCCCAGGCGAUUCUCACUGGGGAGGCGACGGUGGUGGUGGCUGGGGGCAUGGAGAGCAUGAGCAGGGCCCCGCACUUAGUCCACAUGCGAGCUGGAGUGAAAAUGGGUGAUGCCAACCUGCAGGACUCCAUCGUCUCCGAUGGGCUGACCGACGCGUUCCACAGCUGCCACAUGGGGAUCACAGCGGAGAAUGUGGCCAAGCAGUGGGCUGUGACCCGUGAGGAUCAGGACCAGUUCGCCAUCUCCUCCCAGAAUCGAACAGAGGCUGCCCAGAAGGCCGGGCAUUUUGACCAGGAAAUCGUACCGGUAACCGUUCCAUCCAGAAAAGGACCAGUUGAGGUGAAAAUAGACGAAUUUCCCCGGCAUGGCAGCAACCUAGACGCCAUGUCCAAACUGAAGCCAUACUUCGUGAAGGAUGGAACAGGGACUGUGACAGCUGGAAAUGCAUCAGGGAUCAAUGAUGGUGCUGCUGCAACGGUACUCAUGUCUCUUUCUGAGGCCAACCGUAGGGGAUUGAAGCCAAUGGCCAAGAUCAUGUCCUGGGCUCAGGUCGGCCUCGACCCAGCGAUUAUGGGUACUGGUCCCAUUGCUGCCAUUAAGAAGGCGGUUGAGAAGGCCGGAUGGCAGCUGGAUCAGGUGGACCUGUUUGAGAUCAACGAAGCCUUUGCAGCACAGUCGGUCGCUGUAGUCCGGGAGCUUGGCCUAAGCCAGGACAAGGUGAACAUCAGUGGCGGUGCCAUCUCACUGGGCCACCCCCUGGGCAUGUCGGGGUGCCGCAUCCUGGUGACGCUCCUGCACGCUCUGCAAAGGACUGGUGGCCGGAGGGGUGUGGCCGCACUCUGCGUGGGAGGGGGGAUGGGCGUGGCCAUGUGUGUGGAGAGAGCCUGAGGAUACCCUGUUCCACUGCUAGACAGCUUAAGACAUUCCGCCAGUCAUUCGGUAUCACAGUAGUUACCGAGUUAGUCUUCCGUAAAUAGUGCCAAAAAAAACCACACGCACCUUAUUACAGAAAGUUGUGGAAUGUAUAGGGAGGCUCUGAAGUCUAAUGUGAAAUAGUGUGAAAGAACUGGAAUUGUUUACAGUAUAUCACAAGCCUGUGAUGUAGUUACAGCAACCACCAGCUGUACAAAUGGGGUUCAGUUAAUACGAUGAGAAAUUACUAACUGCAUGUAAAGAUUAGCCAGAUUGAUGGUGGUUAGGAAUAAUUUGUUAUAUAUAUUCAUACACACACACACGCACGCUAUAAUGCUUUCACUGUAUUGCUGUGUACACCAUUAGCAAUAAAAUGUCAUGGACCUAUGGUGAGUGCUGUAAUGUUCAGAUGGACACUUACCAGUGUGGGCAGGUUAAUUUCCAGCUGCCUGUGGUACAAACCACAUUAAAUCACUGUCAUUAGUCUGUUUACCCCAUAAGAUGUCCUACUUUGUGCUAUUUUGUGACUGUAUUGUAUUCCUGAUCUAAAAAAAUUUAAGAAAUCUACUCCAGUCUUUUGCAAUGAUAGCUAACGUCAGAGGGCUUUGUGUGAGGAGGGAUCGCCACACAAUGAAUACCAUCACGCUAAAGGAGUACUGAUACCGCGUCCAACACAGUGCUCAUGUACUCAUACUUAUCGCCGAUGCCUAUAACCGACACCACGUGAUAAUGUAUCUGUGAUAUUAACAAGCAAAAUAAAUGGACCCAUGAAA